AAGUGGGUGUGCUAGUGAGCUCGCCAUAUUGUGUGUUUGCGCCCGUUGCGCGUUGCUCAUCUAGAAGAAUUGUACACCGAGUAAGAAUGGUUGAUACGCUCGGGCCAUGGGAUUCGUUAAACAAGGGAAAUCGUUUCCAAGAAUUUCAAGCAAUAGGAUGGAAGUGUUACGAUUCAUUGUCACUUAAUGCACUGAAAAGUCAAAAUUGAAAACACGAUGGAGGAUGACACGGACAUUUACGAAGAUCUACCAAUCAUCGAAAUCAAGUCGGAUGAGAACUUCGUAGCAAACCAGACGGAAAGUAAUUGCAGAGAGCGUGAAUGCGCAGAAUUGAACGAACGAAUCACAGAACUUACAGUCAAAUUGGAAAAUUUUCAAAAGCUAAACGAAAACUUGGAGGUGAAUUUGGCGUCUCUGUUGAAGACUGCGAAAGCAGAAAUUACACGAAAAGACAGAAUGAUCGAAGAUUUGCGAAAACAGCUCGACGAUGUAAUGUUCAGGAGAGGCGCUUACGGCAAAACAAACAGUCGCGUUUGUAAACCUACAUUUGUCGAUAAUGUAGCAACUCCACCGAAUUGGCAGAAAACUGGUCAAAAUUCUGUAUCUCCGAACCAAAGUAGACGCGAUUCGACGGAGGCAGAUUCGUCGUAUAAUCCAACCAAUAGUUCUAACCCGACCAAGUCUACUUUAACGCCUCUCACAGUCUACGGCGAGCGGUUGCUGAAAAGAAUAGCGGAGGAGCAGUCUAUGGAGAAAAGAGGGAAGCAAGCGGGCAGAUUUUGUUGUAAUAACAGCAGCAUUUCGACCAUCGACGGAUACGUUAUAGAAAGCGACAAAGAAAAUGGCUCCGUGACCGACGUUACGACUUCUUGUACGAAAGAAAUGCAAUUGUCCAUGGUGAAAGAAUAUUCUGAGAGAGAGGAGUUCGCGACAACCGAUUUUCUAGUCGGAGAGGACAGUGAAAUCGAUUCCAAUUCCAGAUUUCAACGGACACCAACGAUUGACGCGAACACCAUGGACAUCGCGGAGGUAAGGAGAAACGACGAUAGAGAAAGAACAAUGAGCAGAAAGCAUAUAAAAAAGUAUGAGAUAAGAGAACGUGCAACGAAAUUGAAAAAUAAUAAAAUGCGCGAGGAUCUUAACGAUGUUUUCGAUUAUAAGCGCGACUGUACAAAAACUAAAAGAUUCGAAUCCUUGGAAAAAUUUUCCGAGCCACGAUACAUUACGUAUUCGCACACGGAACACAGUCGUUACUGGUACACCGAGCAACAAGGCAAAAAGCGUAGUCAUCGUUCGUUCACCGAUAAGGCUGGAACAAGUCAGGACGACACGGAUGAACAUAUCUCGAAGAGACAUUGCAGGUCGGUCGAAAGAUCGUCGAGUACGAUGGACGACUAUCGAUCCAGUAGCGUUGAACGUUAUCGAAUGAAACAAAGGGAAGAUGGUCACGCGGGCGAAAUGUGGGGAGAUCGUCGAUCGCGCGGGAGAAACUCUUCCUGCGAAAGUUCUAAAGAAGAGAAAUAUAGCAGAAACAAAUUCAAUCAAUACAUCGGUUACCGGGAGAGAUCUGUCAGACGUUACGAUGUCGGAUCCAACAGCACGGAUGGAUCGAAAGCAGCUAAAAGAGAAUUUCGCGAUUCGCGAAAUACCGAGAAGUCGGAGAAAUCUGUCAGAUCCACGAGUAAGCGGAGCGAUCGUUACGAGGAUUGCGAAUCUCAAUUUCAAGAGCGAUUAAAAAGCGUUGACAGAGUAGUAAGACGAGACAAGUCGACGAAGCAACACGACGACUAUACCAAGUAUUCGUCGCAUGGAAAAUUUGACCGUGAAAACUUAACGGACCGUACACGACAUUCCGAAACGUUGAAAUCCGAAAAAAUCUCCGAAACGAAUAAACAUUUUGAGAGAAUCGAUCGUUGCGGGUUCACAAAAAACGACGAAACCCCUUCGACGACGAAAGUUUCCGAUUCGUCGCAAAAACACCAACUCGAUCGAAAUAAAGAUUUGAAAAGUGCCGAUGUGAACGAUGUUGCGCUUGAUCCCGGUAAUCGCCCGAGCAACAAGAAAGAACGCGAAAGAUCAAAAGAUCGUUGGACAAACGGAGAUCAUAAAUCGGAAUCGUACCUUAUUUCGGUCGAGAUAGCAAAUACGAAUAUCGUUGGUAGCAACGAUGCUACCGCUAACAUCGAUAAUAACGAGAGCGCGGAAAAUGUUGAGAACAUCGAGAAAUUUAUUCGUAAUUAUAACGCCGACAGCGAUCACUUUGAAAAUAGUUUGGAUGGAAGAGACGACACGUCAAACACCGCGAAAGAGCAUGCAUCAACGAUGAACGAUAUUUUCGAGAAUAAAAUAAAUUUUAAGGAACAAUGCGAUACCGUUCGCACGAAUGGCGCAGAGUCUGUUAAAACGGAUACGAAGCUGGAAUCGAAGCAUGUGUCUCGAAAAGUUUCCCUGGAUUCUGCGCAGAAUGGUGCAAAAGAAAAUGAAACGACAGCUGUGGUAACACACGUACCAAAUGCAAAAAUCUCGACGGCACAGAAUAAUAGUACGUUGCGCGAAACCUACCAAAUGUUAGAAAGUAAUUCGAUCGAUUCGACAGACGACAAGCCGUCGAUCAACUCGAAUAUUAAGGCAACGAAUACUAAUAUUUCCUCGAAUAUCAACAGUGAUGGUAACGGUAAUGGUAACGAUAAUCGUGAAGGUAAGGAUAACAGCAGAAUCUGUGGUACAAGAAUUUUCGAAGAUUCCGUUAUCGAUAAGAUAAAUAGCAGUUGUAACGACGGUGUUAUUAAUGUCGCUACGGGUAACGGCGACGACAACCAGAGUCACAACCAGCAUGGGCAUCGCGAACACAAGAAGCAUAGCAACGUUAACGUCUACAAGAAAAGCAUUGAAAAUGAUCGCAAUACGAUUAAAGACGAAGAGCAAACGAACAAAAGACUAGCCAGCGAAAAUCUGAUGGUAAAAUUAGAUAAAAGACUAGAGAACGAAGAAGGGCAAGUGAAAAAGGAAACAAAGGAGUACGAUAAAGCUGUGAUAGUAGAGGUAUCUCGGGAAACUGAAAAGUCUCCGAUUAAUUGUGACAGUAUAAACGGAAAAAAUACGCCUACGAAAUUGCACGGGAAAAUUGUUGUCUUUGCACGGCGCAAGAAACCUGUAUGCUUAGCAAACAAUAAUGCAAACAUGACUGUUCUUAUAAAUAACAGCCACAACCUUAACAAUAAUUGAUGCAGAUCCGAUUAGUUGUACGAUGAAACGCAAUUCUUUGGUAACAAAAGAAAAGCAAUCGGAAAAAACAAAAGAAAAGCAGCACAGCGAUUGGUUGAGAAACACGAAAGCGUUCGAAGCGAAGCAAAGCAAGCAUGCCUUGAAUCGCGACACACGUGUCGUAUUCAGAAUUAAUACAAAUGACUUGAGAAACGAAUGAUGCAAGAUCGUUGUCCAGGAAAAAGGAGUUUUAUAAAAUGCUGUAGAUACCAGUGAAAUAUGUACAUACUGUUCAGGGGAAAGUACUGUAUAUUAGUAAGUUUAACAUUUUUCCUUCGAAUCUGUACCAUGUACAUGCAAUAUUGUGAAUUCGAAGUAAAACAAUCAACGUUAAGGAGUCUGUCCGUUCAACAACUAUAACGCCGCGACUUCUUUCAAUAUUUGCAAAACUCUGGAAAUUGUUGAAAAUUCUUGGAAAUCGAGAUGGUAAUCGAAAUGUUUUCUUCAUUAUUUUUUUGAAAUAAAUAUCAUGAAAUAAACUAGCAUUGUGCUUAAUUGAUCGCUAAAACAGUCAAUAAAAAGUUUUGUCUAGAACGAA